AACGUACCUAAAAAAACACUACUGCUAAAUUUACUUAACUUGAUAAAUAUAGAAACAUAAAAAUUCCAAGCUUGUAUUGGCCGUUAACUCAUUAGAGGUUCCCCAUUUUCCCCGGCAUACUUUUCUCAAAACUUACCAAUACACUUAGAUUGAUAUGCAUAUAAACAAAGCAUCUCAGGAGCAUUUGGCUUCAGUUGGGAGACCUACCCAUCUCUGUUGAACAGGGCUUUUUUUUUUUUUUUUUUUGGCUUGGGUUGGCUAUGGUGUUGGUCCUGUUUAGGCUCCAACUUUCCGGACCGAGCUCGGCCAUCUCCAGCUUCGAACAAAAAACAAAAAAAAAAAAAAGUUAAAAAGAGAAAAAGGAAAUUAAAACACAAUGGCUGCAGUAAAGAAAAGCUUCCUCGUGUUGUUUGUGUUGUCCGUUGCUGUAGUUGUUCAUGCUAACAUUGAAAAAGCAGAUGAUUAUUGGACGAUGAGAGCUGAAGAAGCGGAGAAGGUAGCAGAGAAGGCUUACAACCCGAAUCCCGCUGGCCUUGUAAAUGACUUCAACUUCCAUGUCGACAAGUCCGAGAAGGGGACCAACAGCACUAGAAGGAACUUGAAGAAAUACACUGGAAAGUGCCUGGCCACGAACCCUAUCGACCGAUGCUGGCGUUGCGAUCCAAACUGGGCUAAUAACCGGAAAAGACUAGCUGACUGUGCCCUUGGAUUUGGCCGCAACACCAUUGGUGGCAAAAUGGGGAGGAUUUAUGUUGUCACUGACGCCUCGGACAACGACAUGGUUCAUCCUGAACCUGGAACCUUACGUCAUGCUGUGAUCCAGAAGGAACCACUUUGGAUCAUUUUUGCUCGUAGUAUGAUUAUUAGACUCAACCAGGAGCUUAUAAUGACUAGUGAUAAGACCAUUGAUGCUAGGGGUGCAAAUGUGCACAUUGCUUAUGGUGCUGGUAUUACUCUUCAGUUUAUAAAAAAUGUGAUCAUCCAUGGCCUACACAUUCAUGACAUCGUCUCAGGCAGUGGUGGUCUUGUUGCUGAUUCCGUGGACCAUUAUGGAAUAAGGACUCAGAGUGAUGGUGAUGCCAUUUCCAUCUUUGGUUCCUCCCACAUUUGGGUGGACCAUAUUUCAAUGUCUAAAUGCAAAGACGGUCUUGUUGAUGUGAUCCAAGGAUCAACUGCCGUUACCAUCUCCAACUGUCAUAUGACUCACCACAACGAGGUGAUGUUGUUUGGUGCAAGCGACAGCUACAGCAAAGAUCAAAUCAUGCAAGUGACUGUUGCCUUCAACCAUUUUGGCAAAGGAUUGGUGCAGAGGAUGCCAAGGUGCCGAUGGGGUUUCGUCCAUGUAGUUAACAAUGACUACACUCACUGGCUCAUGUAUGCCAUUGGUGGUAGCCAACACCCAACCAUUAUCAGCCAGGGCAACAGAUUCAUUGCUCCUCCAGAUAUUAACGCUAAACAGGUGACCAAGAGAGACUAUUCACCGGAGAGCGUGUGGAAGUCAUGGUCAUGGAGAUCAGAGGGAGAUUUGAUGAUGAAUGGUGCAUACUUCGUACAAUCCGGACACCCAAAAUCAAGCAGGCGAUUCUCGAACGCGGAUAUGAUCAAAGCCAAGCCUGGUACUUAUGUAACCAGACUUACACGGUUCGCGGGCUCGCUCAACUGUGUAGUAGGCAAGCCUUGCUAGUAAAUCCAUCAUAAACAUAAACCAUAUGCAGCAGCCUCCCUGUAGACAGCACAUUCUGGGCGGAUACAACAACGAAAAGAUAAGAUUGUUUGUUGUUUGUAUUGUUUUGUUCAUUUUUUUUCUUCCUCUUAUUUUGUUUGGAUUCAUGACUCGAGACAAAGGGAAAUAGCAAGUAGA